AUGUUGAGUAUACCAAACGAGAUUCCAACGUUCGAAGCUGAUCCAGAUAUAUUAGAAAAUUUAUCAAGUUUUUUGCAUUGGCACGAACACGUUCUGAAAGAGUUUGGUGGAUUGAAAAUCCAGCUGAAUGGAAACUGUCAACUAGCUUUGAAAAAGCGUCUUAUACGUCCAUUAUCACAACAAGUACAAAGAGUGCACCGAAACGCCAAGGACUGCGGAAUGUAUUCAAUCCAAAGUGAAGUGGGACUCCGACAACCCUACUCAGACGAUCUUCACAUUGAAAACGAAAUCAAUUUCUGGGCUCAUCUCUCAAAUGGCAAUGAGAAAAGAACUUUACAAUCAAAUAUCUCCAUCAUUCAAAAUAAAAGCUUAUUUUAUCAAAAAUGGAAUAAGAAAUACUUCUCCAUCCACCGAGUGUUGAAACAAAGUUUAUUAAAAUUAGCCGGAACGAGAUUUAUCGACAAAAUGCAUUCGAACUUACUUUAUACAGAUGGAAACUGUGCGAUAUUUCCUUUAGAAACUCAUCCAAACAAACUUUCAUCGAUAAUUUUUCACCAUCAAGGCGGACCGAGAUAUUGGUACAUAAUUCCUUCAUCGCAAGAGCAUCUGCUACAAAAAUACUUUCUAUCCAACAAAUGUGUCUAUCAUCAACAGUACUUGAUCGAUCCAAGUUUAUUGGAUCGAUAUAAUAUUCGUUAUCAUCGAAUUGUUCAACGGUCGAAUGAAAUUGUUGUCUUAGCGUCGGGUAGUUAUCAUGAAAGUUUCUCGUUGGGAGGUUUACUGAAUGAAUCGAUUGACUUUGCAUUACCACAUUGGAUUAAUGAUGAUCAUAUCUUGAAUCAAUAUGAUUCAUGUCAAUGUCUAGCUGAACAAACAAAAUUUUAUCAAAGAAUUCCUUUGUAUUUGUUUGAUAAAAAUGACGUGAAAACAUAUAUCGAGAAAUAUUCGAAGGAAUUCUCGCAAGAAGGUGAAGAGAAAUCCUCAAUGGAAAAGGAGCAAUCAUCGGAAUGUUCAGAAGAAAGUCUGUCUUUACUUUCCAAUCAGAGUUUUCAAGUUCAAAACGUAGAAGAAGAGGAAGAUUUCUACAGCACAAAUACCUUCUCCAAUACUCCGAUUAAUAACUAUGAAAAUCUAUUAACAAAUGAAUGUGUGCAACCAUCACCAUUGUUAAGUGGAACAAUGUGGAAUUCGUGUGAGGAAUUCGCUUCAAUCGACGACGUUUUCAAUGUUAUUUUUGAUGAUUCAUCAGCGGAAACUGAGCAGCAGAAGUUAUUUACGAACACUGAUGAAAAACACGAUCGAAAAAUCAGCAAAACAGACUUGCCCCUCCAAAAACAUUCAGAUUGCUAUCGAAAAUUACUUUUAUUUAAUAUAUUUUCGAAUAUCACUAAAAGUCAACUGUAUAAACAGUUCCCUGCAGCGGUCAAAAUCGUAAUCAAACCAUGUCAAACGUCUCCAUCAACAAAUUAUGCGACUAUUCGAUACAAAAGAGCCAAAGAUGCAAAGAGAGAUUUUAUUUCCCCGCCUAACUUAGCAUCGCUUGGUUCGAAAUGUUCACUGGCGUACGAAAACGAAUCUGCGUGCAGCGUAAGCGUAGAUCAAACAUACAAUGACCGGAAAAUCGUUGUUCAAGAUAUUCCACAAUAUGUCACAGAGACUAAUUUACAGAAUUUGUUUCCCCUCUGCACCAUAUCCCGUUAUUGUCCUGCAAAAACAACCUUUUGGCCAGAUAAUUCAAUAAAGAAACGCUUCAUGGGACAAAGAAACCUUUUAUUCAUUGAGAAAGAUAAGAAUAUGGACCGCAUCGCAUUCGAAAAAGAUCUUAUUGCGAUUUUACUUGUUGUGGAGAGUGCACAUGAUAAAAAUAAACUUUUGUAUAAAUAUGAACAAGCGAACAGGAAUAUACGAGAACCUGAACCAGUUAAUUUUCAUACAAGCUACUCAAUUGUCAUUGCUAAAGAUUUCGAUCCGCCCAGUGCGAAAGACGAUGAUGCACCUCGAACAACAUUUCGAAAUUUCGACGAAACGACUAUUGCAAUUUUAACAAGUCCGAAUAGUUAUGGAACUCAUGUGGAAGUUCAAGUCGAUGAUGUCAUCUUCGUUGGCCAUACCCUUGGCUUAGAACAAAGUACAGAUCUGAAAUCAUUCGCUGUCUUUUUCGUUCUACGAGCCAUUGCAAAAGCAUCAGUUAUCAUAUCCUAUCAAGAAAUGAGUCAACGUAUUGGUACAGCGAUUCGUUGUGAAGAGCAGCGUGUGCACUAUUUGAAAAAUGAAUACGAUAAAUUAUUAACGUUUAUUCAACCACAUGAGAUCGCAGCAUCCGAUUCUUCAAAUCGACGGCAAAACGAAGACGAUAAAGCGAGAGAAAUCAGAGAACAAGCGUAUUCAAUGAUGGCUGAAGAAAGUCAACUAGCAGCAACGUUAAAACAAAUCUUUACUGAUUUACAAGUUUCCGGUGAAAUUAACAUAACAAUUAAUAAUUGGUUGAAUGUUUCUUGUUGUCUACCACAUCGAUCUAUUGCUUUGAACUGUUCAUUAGAACCAGAUUUCGCGUUUAAUGUGCUUUCAAAUGCCGAGCAAAUUCUUAAACCAUACUAUGGCAUAUUACUUGUUAUUGAUCCAUCAGCUUUACUUGCGUCGCUACCAAUAGAUAGUUCAUCGACACUGAGUACACUCGUUCGACAUUUACGUUCAUCAUAUUCAAUGUCUCGAUUAUCAAUCGAAACUGGUCUUCCGCUCACUCAAAUCUAUCGUCUUGCAUCUCAUUUGCUAUAUUGGGGUCGAGCUAAACUUAUCUAUCCGAUCUAUGACGAUAAUGUUUAUAUAAUCUCACCCGACGCAGAUAUAUCAAAAAACGGUUCUUUAUCUAAACUUUACAAAGAAACAUUUCGAAAUACGACAAAUUACCCAACAUUACAGGAAACCUUAGCCGAAUAUUCCGAUGCCGUACCCUUCUAUGAUCACAUGACUCGUAGUGAUAGUGAUUCCGAAUUGCAAGAACGUUUUCAAUGUGUUGAAUGGUUACUUCGUCAUCGUCUACUUGUCCAAGUUCACUAUUACUACUAUCUUCUUUUACCGAAUGAUAAUCGAAGCGAUUUCAAAGAGGAAUAUAAACAAACACGUUUGCCGCGACCACGUGUACCUCUUCGACGUAAUCAGUACUCGUCGAACCUUUUUGAAUCGUCAUCUAAAAACGAACGUUUUCAUUUAACGAGUGAAAAUAUUGAUAUUCGGGGAAAUCUAUUGAGUGUCAAUAGUUAUGAUUAUAAUAUGGCUUCAUCACCGUCGACCAAUCAAUUCUCCUACUCAUCCGCUCAUCAUUCCAGAUCAACAGAUACAUUGAAAACAAUGACGGGCACUAGUCAAGAUGACGUGUUUGCUGCAAGUUCAAUCAACAGUAAUACCACAACAGAUACUGGUCGAUAUGCUUCACAUUAUCUUGCAAAAGUAUCACAAGCACUACCAAACGAACGACUUGAAUAUCAAAAGAAUCUUGCAAUUGCCAUGAAAGAUGCAAAAGAACAACAUGUGACUGAUUUUCUCCGGUUGAUUAAAUAUCUUAACGGAACCUAUCAUCUUGAAGAAAUCGCAGCUAUGGAAAAUAUGACACGUUUACAAGUGUUGACGAUCAUUGAGAAAUUCCAGUCGAUUGUUAUUCGGGCGCUUCAUCCAGACCCUAAUCCAAUUUUGCAGAUAUAA